AUGGAGCCAAAUAUCUCCAAGCUGUUCAAAGAACACGACUUUGACAAAGAUGGACUUCUUAGUUUCCAAGAAGCGGUUUUGGCUGUGAAACCCGAAGACGCAGCUACGGACUGUAAUGAGUUUCUGCAAAACUGCUUAUUAAUUCUUGACACUGACGAUGACAACAAAAUCACUUCAAAACAAUUCAAAACGUUUUAUGAAAUCAAUAAACAGGCAAAAACAGCAAAGACAUUGCAAAAACUCAAUUUCCCAAACGCGGAGGUGCCAUUUCCAGAAACAGACAAAUUACACCUGUACUUCACAUGCUUUGAGAAAAACAAGAAACUCCAAAUAUCGUCGGCGCAAAUACUGCACUGGGCAAGAAAACUCAACAAUCUUCAAACAAAAGUGUUUGUCGAGACUUCCUUGAGAAACUUGACUUCAAACUUUUGUAACGAGGAAACUUUUGUCAAUUUUUUUAUAACACCAGACGCAUAUAUCAUGGAAUUCUGCCCAAAAUAUAUUAAGGUCUUCCAAGAAAUCGACCUUAACAAGAACGGGAAGAUCGAUAUCCAUGAAGUGAUGUACCACAUUUCUAAACUCUUUGCGGUGCCGGAAACUAUGAGAGACUUUUUCACUACUGUUGUCAGCUUGUGGACUCCGACGGCGACAGUGAAUUGA